CCCCCCUCCCCUUUCUGGGCCUGACUCCCGUGCCGCCUCCAUCCCAGGCGUCCCCAUCAAGGAGAAGUUCCUGGAGGCGUCCCAGAGGUUCUACGGAACAAAGCCCGCCCUCCUUUCCGGGAACAGCCAGGCUGACCUGGAGGCCAUCAACAGGUGGGUGGAAGAAGCCACCCAUGGGCAGAUCUCCACCAUGCUCACCGAGCUGCCUCCCAACACCGUGCUGGUCCUUCUCAACGCCGUCUUCUUCCGAGGGCUCUGGAGGACCAAGUUCAACCCACUGCUGACGGAACUCAGCCUGUUCCAUCUGGACGAGGGAUCUGCGGUCUCCGUGGAGAUGAUGAAGGAAUGGGACUUCCCCCUCAGCUGGUUCAGCACGGCGUCCUGGGAGGUCCAGGUUGCCAGGUUCCCCUUUAAAGGCAACGCCUCCUUCGUGGCCAUUGUCCCGGCCCUCCACCUGCAGAAGAACUUCUCCCAGGUUCUCUCCGAGGUCCUCCAGCUCGACCUGGACAAGGCCUUCCCCCUGGAGACGCCCACCAAGGUGAAGGUGCCGAAGCUGCACUUGGAGGACUAUGUGGACCUCAACGGGGCCUUAACUCGGCUAGGCCUCGGGGAUCUCUUUUCUGCCCCAGACCUCCACCACAUCGCCGAGGGGCCCCUGGUGGUCUCCAGCAUCCAGCACCGAGCCACCCUGGAGCUGGCUGAGGCCGGAGUGCAGGCGGCAGCAGCCACCAGCGUGAUCGCCUCGCGCUCGAUCUCGGCUUUCUCCCUCGACCGGCCCUUCCUCUUCAUGAUCACGGAGGACGUGAUGGGCAUCCCCCUCUUCCUGGGCACCGUCCGGAAUCCCAGCCCCGGGGCUCCCCGGGAGAAGACGGGCCAGGACCCCCUCAGUGAGAAGGAAAUCCUGCCUGUCGGUCCCUGGAGGGCCACCGGGCCGCCCCCCCCCCAAUUCCCAGACAGUCCGGCCUUCCAGAAGACCCCAAAGCGCAUCACCCUCCCAGCUGGGGACUCCGGAAGGGGCUGGAUCUAUCCCAAUCUUGAAACUGAGGGGGGGGGGCUCCCUCGGCCAUCAUUGGGUCCUGGAGUGGAAUCCGACACCUCAGCUUGCCCGAUGCCUGGGCUCCCCAUCUGGCCUGGCCUGCCCCCCCCCCCCCCAAGCCCCCCCUCAGUCUACCCUCCUCGGAAGCCCCCCGCCCUCCCUGCCACCUGCCUUUGUUUCAGACGCCCCUGCCUCCAAAAGGCCAGGGUGGCAACGUGGACCAUGAACCGGGCCGUCCUAAGAGCCUCCCGGAUCACAAUCUGAUUCCAAAUUGUCCUUUCUCUUCAUUCUGGUCAAACGGUCAGAGCAGGUGAGAUGCGCCAUCGCUCACAGCUCAGGCGGAGACGAAGAGAGGAAGGCUCAGCGGGGACGAUUGUAAGGGAAACAAGGCAAAAAUAAACCUGCAAUGAUUCUCA